AUGGCACCUUACAUUUCUAGAGAUAGAGCCUCUAUUUUUGUUUUACUUGCCUCACUAGUCCUUCCCUUGAUUCUCCUAGACUAUUUUUCUUCUGCGUUGUUUGCAAGUGCAAAAUUCCCAAAAUCAAAAGAUGCUGAUCUGUUAGAAUUUGCUCUCAAUUUGGAAUACUUAGAGGCUGAGUUUUUCUUGUUUGGGGCUUUGGGGCAUGGAUUAGAUGUAGCUGCUCCAAACCUAACUGGGGGAGGACCCCCUCCCAUUGGUGCCAAAAAGGUUGAACUUGAUAGUCUUACCAAUGAUGUCAUCUUGCAGUUUGCUUUUCAGGAAGUUGGACACUUAAGGUUUUGUUUUGUCUCUGCUCUUUGCAUUUACAAUUACUCUUAG